AACAUGGAAGCUCCCGUGCAGGAUGGUGCAGACCCUGUGCGAAUGAGCCAUAAAAAAUCCAGAGCUAUUUUGAAGAAAGAAAAACGAAGAAAAAAGAGACAGGCGCUAGCAAAACUAAGAGAUGCAGAUGACAAAGAAGAGGAACGAAAGUUUGAAGAAUUUGAAGAUGAAAUCCAGUAUGAGAUUGAAAGACAGAGACUACAUGAAGAAUGGCUGCUCCGGGAGCAGAAAGCUCAGGAAGAAUUUUUGCAGAAAAAGCAAAAGGAGGAGGCAGCAAAGAGACGAGAAGAGGAGGAGAGAAAAUUAAUCGAAGAGUGGGCAGAACAAGAAAACAGACAGAAAGAUGGUGACCCGGAACUCGUGAAGAAGAAACAGAGAGAGGAGGCUGUGCAGAAGAUGCUGGAUGAGGCAGAGAGCCAGCUGGAAAAUGGGGAUACAUGGCAUAACCCUGAGGCACCAGAUGGAUAUGGAACCGAAAAAGAUAGAGCAAACUGUCCGUUCUAUCUCAAAACUGGUGCUUGCAGAUUUGGUGAAAGAUGUUCUCGUAAACACGGUUAUCCAUCUUCCAGUCAAACACUGCUUAUUCGUGGUAUGUUUGUAAGCUAUGGCAUGGAGCAAUGUAGGAGAGAUGAUUAUGACACAGAUGCGAGCCUCGAGUAUGGCGAUGAGGAAAUUUAUCAGCAGUUCCUUGAGUUCUACAGUGAUGUUGUACCUGAGUUUAAGAGCGUGGGGAAGGUUGUCCAGUUCAAGGUCAGUUGCAAUUUUGAACCUCAUUUAAGGGGGAAUGUGUAUGUCCAAUAUCAGACAGAGGAUGAAUGUUUGCAAGCUUUCACCCUGUUUAAUGGCCGUUGGUAUGCUUCGCGACAGCUUCAGUGUGAAUUCUCACCAGUAACUAGAUGGAAAACCGCAAUAUGUGGGUUGUUUGAAAGGCUAAAGUGUCCAAGAGGCAAGCAUUGUAAUUUCCUCCAUGUGUUUAAGAACCCCAACAAUGAAUUUUGGGAAGCUAACAGAGACAUUCAUAUGUCACCAGAUAGAACUAACAUAACUGAGAGAAGGGAACGAACAGGUCGUCAUAAUGAUCAUGGACGUUCCAGAAGGUAUCAAAGUCCUAGUACUGACUCCACUCAUAAGAAAAAUGGAGAAUCCAGGAGGAAAAAGAGUAGUCAAAACCACAAAAGCAAGAAGAAGCGUAGCUCACGAAGAUCAAGAAGCCGGGAUAGAAGAUCAAGAAGCCGGGAUAGAAGAUCAAAAAGCCGGGAUAGAAGAUCAAAAAGCAGAGGCAGAAAAAAACACAAACGCAAAAGCAGAAGUUCUUCCAGAUCUAGAAGCCGUGACAAAAGUUCUUCUUCCAGAUCUAAAAGCCAUGACAAAAAAAGAUCAAGGUCAAGAAGCUGUGACAAAAGAAGAUCAUCUUCUAGAUCCAGAAGUCGUGACAGAAGAUCAUUUUCAAGAUCCAGAAGCCGUGACAGAAAAUUAAAAAGCAGAGAAAACAGUGUAGAAUCCUCUGAAUGACACUAACAACCCGAGAAAGAUGCUGGCAAAAUUACAAGAUGUUGGAGAUGGGUAUGAACAUCCAAAUAAUGACAUCUAUCUUCAUCUGUCAACUCAAUUGUGGAUGCUGUGUAUCCUCAUUUUAGGGACUCCUCUAAAUUAAUCCCAUUUUGUCAGUGUUAAAACAUUACUUUAUUAGAAUUAUUUAUUAAUGCCAUUAUAAUCAACAAAUGCAAUUUGUUUUCAAAUUAAAUUCAUGUUAAAUACAUUUUUUCUAUAAAAUUCUCUGAAGAAAUCCUAUUAAAUAUGUUUAGAAAUGUCAGGGCAGGUAUGUUCAAAGAAGCACAUUUUGUACAUUUUAAUAAACCUGUAAAUACUUUUUAAUAAAAUGUAUCUUUGGGAUUCGUU